AUCACCAUCACCAUCAGAUGAAGGAUAUAAAGAAGACAGAGAAGAACGUGGAAAUGGAGAAAUUCAUACUCCUCAUCGUUUAUCUUCAUCUGUGGCACAGACCUGUGGCUGAAGCGAUUCAUCCGGACUGCGCCAUCAUCUCCGAGCACCUCAGGGCUCAGGAGAUGUGUAGCCAGACGAGGAGGAGCGAAGCGCAAAACCAGACCGACCACAGCGGAUGUAAAACAGACUGGGAUGAUAUAAGAUGCUGGCUGAGAGCAGAAGUCGGACAGGUGGUCAACGUAUCCUGCUCUGAAGUCUUGCAGCAUUUCUCCAGCAAUCAAGGGUUUGUUUACAGGAACUGUAACGUUGACGGCUGGUCAGAAAUAUAUCCACCCUACGAGGAGGCCUGCGCUUUCAGCGACGACAGUGAGCCUGAAUCGGAGACGAGUUACCUGUCUACGUUCAGACAGGUUUACACCGUGGGCUAUGCCACCUCACUCAUCUCCCUCAUUACAGCCAUAGUGGUGUUUACAGCCUUCAGAAAGUUCCGCUGCACCAGAAACUACAUCCACAUCAACCUGUUCUCCUCCUUCGUCCUGAGAGCCAGCGCUGUUUUCAUUAAAGACACUGUGCUGUUUGCUGAUGAGACCCUGGACCACUGCUCCAUAUCUACGACAGCAUGUAAGUCAGCCGUGGCUUUCUUCCAGUUCAGCAUCCUUGCCAAUUACUUCUGGUUGCUGGUAGAGGGCAUGUAUCUGCAGACCCUGCUGGCCCUGACCUUCGUCUCUCAGAGGAAAUACUUCUGGUGGUACAUCCUGAUUGGAUGGGGGCUCCCGUCAACUGUUCUUAUACUUUGGGUGUUGACCAGAUUUUUCCAUGACGACAGAGGGUGCUGGGAUGACACAGACAAUGUUGGUAUUUGGUGGAUUAUUAAAGGACCGAUAACAGCCUCACUGCUGGUCAACAUAGUCAUCUUCAUCAACGUGAUCCGGAUUCUGGUUCAAAAGCUUAAAUCUUCAGCCAUGACUGGGAACAAUGACACUGGACAUUUCAUGAGGCUGGCUAAAUCCACCCUGUUCCUUAUCCCUCUUUUUGGGAUGCACUACACAGUAUUUGCCUUCCUGCCUGAGACCACUGGAGUGGCAGCCAGACUGUACAUCGAGCUGGGGCUGGGAUCCUUUCAGGGUUUUGUGGUAGCAUUGCUUUACUGCUUCAUGAAUGGAGAGGUCCAAACAGAGCUGCGGAGAUGGCUGAGGAAGUGUCACAGUCAAAAUCAUCUCACCCCAGCCAAGCGAAGUAUCACUCAGAUCACAAUUAGAGCCCGCGGGGGUCUUGGCCGACCUCCUUCCAGUGGCAACAUCUCUUCAGUAUGAUUUCACGACUAUGCAUGAGAGAAGUUGUGGCAAGAAUGUCAAGCAAAAUAUCAGAGGCAAGUCAUCAAAGCUCGACCUGCUGAUGACAUUAAUCCAACAAGUCACUGUGGAAAUGUUGUGCCAGGCGCAUUAUAUUAGUGUCAGCAGCAGCUACGACCAUGAGCUUUAUCAGUGUAGUCUGUUUUUCUAUAACAGUUGCAACCAAGUAAACAUUUGCAACCAAGUAAAGGAACACUGGUGCUUGAUUUGUAAGGAUGUUAUGGUUACACUGUGGAAGCACGAGACCACAGCAGAGACAGAGCUGGCCCUGAGCUUGUAGGAGGAUGAUUUCUCACGGUUGUGUUUGAAGUUUUGAGUUUUAAGUUAUAAAAAUGAGCUGAGGGAUUAUAUAGAGACAGCUGUGGAAACAAUGGAUGUUGUUUGAACUUGGCUAAAUCAUGUGAAAUGAGCUUGACUUGAAUAAUUGUUUUGUGCACUGAACAGAAGCAGUUACAUUAUUUCAGUACAGGCUGGAAAUAUGUGCAGGACUGAUCUGGACUGAGUGUGUUAAUUCAUUUCUGUGCAGCACUUUGCCUGCUGCUGGAAAGAAAUUUUCAAUCAUGAAGAUCCAGAGGGACCUGAGUGAAUGUAUUUAAUGUUGUGCGUUUUCUUUAUAUAUAUGUGUGUGUGUGUGUGUGUGUGUGUGUGUUUGUGUGUGAAGCUGCCAUAUAUUGGUACUUCAUGUCUUAAAGGACUUCUUAUUUCAAGGAGUUGUCUGCUUUGAUGAGCCAUCUCUGAAACACAUAUAUGAAUAUUUAUGAGCGCGUUUUUUUUCUUCACCUGUUAUUUUUUUAUGCAGUUGCCAGAUGUGAUAAUCCUGAUUUCCAUAUUUGUUGCACUACAGAAGAUACCAAAUUGAUACGAAACAGGGUGCCAGGCAUUUUCAUAGUAAAAUGGCAUAAAAAAGGUACUACUAAAGCAUUUCAGUCUCCCACACUUAUUAUUGCCUUAAAUUAAGAAUUAUUGUGCUUUCAUGACCUUAAAAUAAGCCCUGUAUAUAUCUUAAGAAACAGCAGGCACACAAAAACAAAAAAACUCACCAUAGAUUGGUCCUUUGCUGUUUUUUUUGUGAAUUUUCACAGCGACUCCUACAUGCUUGUCAAAGGGGGAUGAGGUGAGGUGUAUUCAGUUGGUUGCAUUCUUCAAUCCUGACUGCUAAAUGUGUGGACGUAUUAAGGAGAACUGGAUACAGUGUUGGAGGCAGAGCUCCAUUCAUUCUAAUGGAAGUUGUUCUGUGGAGCCAGAUUUCCUGCAUACUGUAUGCUUCCACAUUGUGUGGCCAAAGCAUGGCCAAGUUGGUAAAUUCUGGUUUUAGCCCUUUUCCAAGCUGAAUGGGGAUAAAAUCAUUGAAUUGUGCAGCUUCUCUCAACUUUCCAAAUGUUAUUAGACUGAAUGGAUCAAAUUCUCAUAGUGAAACGACUAAUUUCAUGAAGUUUGUGACACUCAAAAAUGUAUCCACAGCUGCUUCUUUUACAAAGUCUCCAUGUGAUGCACACUGGUUGCAUCACAUGAUGGAUGCCAUUGCCAUUGCCAUUGCUGUUAUUACACACUGUGGCCACUGUGUCAAAGGGGACUUCAAAGCCGAGUGCUCUUCUUGGAGGCUCGGCUAGAUGCCACUAAGGCAGAUUCAGACCAAAUCUGGCUUAGUUAUUCCAUUCUUUUCAGUGGAAGUAGUGCGUUUUGGCUGCGGAAAUGCAUUGCCGCAGGGGGUGCACGAAAUUAACUCAGUGACCUGCAGUGGAGAAGUUGAGCCAGAUUCAACUUUUGGAGAUAUGCAACCCUACGUCACGCUGUAGCAGCAAAUCAGAUAAUCGGACAGGGGAAACCUCUACAUAGUCAGCCUGAAAUGUCACUUUAACUGAGAGCUGUCCAACUAAGUCAGGGUUCAUGGACUUAGCUAUGAUAUUCUAUCUAUCUGGCUUCGCGAUUUGCUGCAACGUCUGAUUUGGUCUGAAUACGGCCGAAAUCUCACACACAGGAUCUUCAAGAUACACAAUGUUCUACAUGAUGUUUUUAUAUCCAGUGUCUCAACUUCAUGUCACCCAUAUUUAAAUUGCCUGUAUUCAAGUCAGAUCACUGCAUCCCUAGAUUUGAUCGUUUAUAGACCAUGAAGGCACCGUACUGUUUCAUUAAGCACUUUGUUAUUGUCAGUACACAUGAUGAUUUAAUGUUGCACUUUAUUUUAUAUUGAAUAUAUUGCAUUUCCAUUGUUGUUCUUGUGUGGAAAGACGCAGUAAUAAAUGAAACAUCUUG